AUGAUGCACGUCUAUCCUCUGGUCGCUGUCCUUUUGACGCUCCUCACAAGCGGCUUAACAGAUGCUUCUAUCCUUUGCUCAUGGACUAAAGUUUUGACCAACGGUGAACUGCACCACAGUUUCCUGCGGAGCGACGCUGCGUCUCUUCGUCUCUAUCACAGCAUCAGGUCUGACUCUCUUCAGAGCUGCUCCUUCAGCGACAACAAAGAAAUCAUUCAAAACUAUAUGACUUUGUGUCAGGAGAAUAAAGAGGCAUUUUCACACCAUCUAGACUUAAGUUCUGAACAUGCGUUUGAUGAGCACUGCACCUGUCUGGAUUCUCCACAAACUGUUGCUCUGGAGAAGCGCAGCUUCCUGAGGAGACGCGUCAGAAGCGCCGCAAGAGACGAUGAGAGGUCAGAGGUCAAGUCUAAACUGCGUGUAAAGCGCGGUUUCAUUGUACCUGGAACACUGUGGUGUGGCUCUGGUAACAAAGCGCCAUCGUAUUCAGAUUUGGGUGUAUUUUCAGAGACAGACACGUGUUGUCGGGAACAUGACCAAUGCAAAGACACAAUUCUGUCCUUUCACUCCAAGUUUGGUGUCUUCAACAGAAACAUCUUCACUAUGUCGCAUUGUGACUGUGAUAAUAGAUUUCGCAGUUGUCUGAUGGAAGCCCAGGACAGCAUUUCUGAUGUGGUUGGUUACACAUUCUUCAAUCUCCUCAAGAUGCACUGUUUUGUAUUCUCCUAUAGACUGCAGUGUACCGAGAGAAACUGGUUUGGGAUGUGCCAAGAGACUAAUAUGGCUCUUUAUGCAGAAGUCCAUUCUCCCACCUUGUAUGCAACAGAUGCUCCAAAAUAUGUGAAUGGGACUAGCCUCAACAUCACGUCCCCUUCUGCCCACAACAUCACACAGGUUGAGAUGUCAGAGUCCGAUGGUUCAAAACUGCAGACUCUGUCCAUCCCACCGUCCAGCAGAGAUGCACCAGUGAGAGCGUCCCUUUUACCUACAAGAUCUCGUAACCAAUCUCUCCCACUGCCGGAUGCUUACAUUACAGAGAAGCAGGAUUCUUGUGCCGUCUAUAAGUAUCUUGAUGAAUGCAGGAACAGGAUCCUUCCUCUGCAAAGGAAAUAUGGCUUUCUCAAUAAUGAGUCAAGGACAAUGUACCACUGCAACUGCACCAGCAGAUUGUUCCAGAGUUUGGCAGCCCAGCCCGUCCUGACUGGAGUGAGGCCUCUCCUGUUGGACUAUGUCUCUCAGUCCUGUUUCGUACAUGAAUGCACCGCGGCACAAAUCUGCAGAGUGGCUGUGGUUGGAGCACAACUCUCUCAGGUGGAGGCCAGAAGCAGUGCACUUAUGGAGGAGCAGCGCCAUCUACAGGCGAUGAGACUAAACAUCAGGAGACCAAACCACAAGAGAGCCACCAAAGAGAGACCUGCCAGGCUUUACAGACUGUGUCGCAGAAUUAUGCUUUUGAACUCCCAUAAACAGAGACACCACAUCAAAGAAACUAUCAGAAAGAAACCAGAAUAA